AUGAUGGGUAUCAACGAAUAUACAUUUCCUAUAGGGUUUUUGUUGGUUUUGACUGGUACAGAGCCAUUGAGGUUGCUCAAAGAUGCAUAUCUUCCCGAUUUCAACCCCAAAAAAUGGCCGCUUAUUAGUCCAGAUGGUUUCCUAAAUAAAUUCCUAGCAGGACAUUCAUUUGAAAUAUUCACUCUUGUCUUCAUUAUUCUUCAGACGUACAAGUUGAUUGUUGUGAUAAAGAUGAAACCUUUGUUGCCUACAUCAGACAUGACACAGAUAUAUGAUUGUUUGCAGGGAAGCAAAUCAGAUGUAUCGUUGAUAGAUACAAUGAAGGAUUCGGGAAACAAAAAAGCUGCAACGUUUCGGUAUUCAGGCGUGCAGAUGAUAAAAUUAGCUGGUAUAUUUAUGCCAGUGAUUACGUGCAUUGUUUGGUUUUUUGGCCCGUCCUUAUAUGAGCGCAUCCAUCGUAUCACUGGCGGCCAUUGUAUUGGACAUCCGGAAACCGUAUUCUACAGAUCAUGCGUCAGUAGUGGUUGGAGGUACGAAGGAGGUUUUAAAUCUAGCGGGCAUUCCUUAAUAACUUGCACGUUUGCUUCUGCACUAAGUUGGGAAACCGUUUCUUUGAAUAAGUGGAUUGUAUUGAUGAACCGUAUAACUGAAUUGCCUGUCCGAGUGAGUGGAUCAUGCAAGUUGCUACAAUUAGCGUUCUUGGCACUUUGUUUAGCAUGGCUAAUGAUGUUCACGGUGACCUGCAUGUUCUACCACAGCUUCAUGGAGAGAGUGGUGGGCACCUUAUGUGCACUUUUAAUCGUUUAUUUCGUUUGUUUUAGACUAAAGUUAUAA